ACGUAGAAGUUUUUCCGGCACCAGCGAUCGAGAAAUGUAUCGAGCGGCCGCAAAUCGCCUUCUAAUCGCGCGUUCGCGGAUCCCAAUCAAUCGAACUUCUGUGCAUUCGCCGCUAUGUUUCUCUUUAUCGUCGUUUACACACGAUCACAGACCUAAUCCGCUGCCAGAGCCUGUGAUUCUUACCGAAUCUUCAUCUUCAACUUCGACGUCGGAUGAAUCUCACCGCCGCUUCGAUGAACAUACUUCCAGAGAGACGCGAGGACCGGCUAGAUACCUAGAAGAACAAAGUCGUGUCCUGAGUGCUUCACUUCGUCAUGUGCAUAGGUUUGGUUGGACAGAAGCGGCCUUGGUUGCAGGAGCUAGGGAAGCUGGUUUAUCUCCUUCCAUAAUCGGUUCUCUUCCCAGAAAAGAAGCUGCACUUGUGGAGUUUUUCAUGGACGAGUGUCUACAAAAGCUUAUCGACACAAUCGAUUCAGACAAAGAGAUAAAGAACCUCAUACCCAGUGAACGAAUCUCAAAACUUGUCAGAAUUCGUUUAGAAAUGCAAGCUCCCUUCAUAUCUAAAUGGCCUCAAGCAUUAAGCAUACAGGCACAACCUCAAAAUCUUCCUUCAAGUUUUAAGCAGCGAGCAAUGUUAGCAGAUGAGAUCUGGCAUGCUGCUGGUGAUGAUUCAAACGACAUCGAUUGGUAUGCAAAAAGGACUGUUCUUGGUACAAUAUAUUCAUCAACUGAGGUGUACAUGCUGACUGACAAUUCCCCAGAUUUUCGUGAUACUUGGGCAUUUCUAGAUGGGCGAGUUAAGGAUGCUUUUGAUUUAAAAAAGACAUUUCAAGAGGCAAAGAAUUUGGCUGAAGCAGUUAAUGCGGGGCUCGGUGGCUCUUUACAAGGGUUUGUGAAGAAAAUGUUUCAAGGGCAGCAGUAUUAAUGGUGAAAAGAAAGUGUAUGAAUGAGAUUGUUUUCAUCUCUGUUUCAUGCUUAUUAGUGGAAUUGUAAGUGAUGUUAAUUGUUGUUUGAUCAAGUGGAUGAUGUUUUAUUAUACGUAUAAAAUGGCUCAAUAAUUUCAUUAAUUCAUUGUUUUAUUAUUAUUUA